CGAAGUUCGUGCAACUUCGAUUGAUUCCUUUUAUAUAAAAUCUAAUAUAGUUCGUUGUUAUAAAGUCAUAAAUGAAAGUGGAGCAUUUAACCAUAAAGAGUUAUGUCAAUAAACCCAAAACAGUUAUUGCUUUUGUACCAUAACUGAAUUUGCUUACUGUGUCCAAAUUGAAUCAUCAACGGGGUUGGGCAGCCACUGUCCCAACUGCUCCAUCGUCUACGAGUAUUUGUGUGGAUAUGAAUGAUAUUGUAUGUACCUAGGAUUUAAAACUGACAACAAUUCUUACAGAGUUUGUGUAGUUAUUGUGUCUAUAUGGCAGUGAAAAGAAUUCAAUAAGUUAUGUGUUCAAAAGCAUUUUUAAAUACCAGAAUAUAGUGUAUUUAUUUAUGAUUAUGUGCAAAGUGGUUUUCAAAGUGAAAUCGCUAUCAAGUGAAUAGUACGAAAUAAAAUAUUUCGACAACAGGACUACGUCCUGCAUAAUUUUAAGGGUGGGAUUCGACGAGAAAAAAAAUACCAAUAAAAAGAUAUAAAAAUUAAGUAAAGAAAAAAUAUUGCAGAAAUGUCUGCGAAUUUAUUGGAGAAUUUCGCAGCACUUCCUGCUGAUGUACGAGAAAAGUUGGCUGAGUUGGAUUUAGAAUUAUCUGAAGGCGACAUAACACAAAAGGGAUAUGAAAAGAAACGAGCAAAGUUGCUGCAACCGUUUUUAAUACCGACAAAUGAAGGAAAUGAUUCGAAAGAUUUGGACAAAGGCGAAAAAUCCAUGCCUCCUUAUUAUAAUAUUAAAACGCCACAACCGCAAAAUCCAAAGACUGUGAAAGAUGGAGCCUUAGUAUCAAGUGAAGGGUAUAGCUAUGUAACCGAAGUACCAUCACUGCCAUCAUCUCAUCAAAGACAUUCCAAUGCAUCUAAAAAGUCAGAUGGCAGCCAUCAUUCAAUGCGAGAAGGUGGUGGCAGCAGUGGCGGUGGUGGAGGUGGUGGUGGAAGUGGUAGUGGCCAUAUAGAACGCUCCGAAUCCAGCCAUCAACAUAGCAGGCAAAGACGUACACAGCGAAAAAUUACACAUAAUGAAAAACGUUAUCAUUCCGAAGUGCGACAAGAAGCUGUACAACAAGCGCUUGCAGCACUCAAAACUCGCCCUAAACCCAGUUUGCCAAUGCCAUCGAAACGAAGUUCUGUUCUCAAUCGAAGUCCGGAUCGCAAUAAUGAUGAUAUUGAUUCAUCAACUGAUGAAGAAUCCAUUCCUGAGGAGACAAUUUCUCCCGAUAAAGAGUAUAAUUAUCCACGUGAUCAUGUUAGCAAUAUUAUGGAACCAAUUAUAAAACCGCCUAUACGUGAUUCAUCAAUGGGUGGUGCACAGAAUAGAAACAAAUAUCCCGAAAGGCGACCUCCACAGAAUUUGCCACCACUGCCACAUUCGGAUACAUCCAGCACAGAAUCACCGCCUACUGCGUAUAUGAAGGAAAACACUGAUUUUACUGAUAGCAAAGAGAAACACAAACCAUACGCCGCUCCAGAUAUCACACAAUUUAAUAAUACACGUCAUGCCGCUGAUCGUGUGACGCGUUAUGUGAAUGUCUCGCAAACUGAUCUUGGCGAAUCAGAUACGAAUGGUCGUUGGAAAGUUUCUGCGAAAAUUCAACAACUCCUUAAUACCUUGAAGCGUCCCAAGCGUAGACCACUACCCGAAUUUUAUGAAGAUAACGAUAUAGAACUCGAAAUUGCCGCUAAUCCCAAAGAUCCAAAUGCACCCAAACCCGAGGGCAGUAUUAUGACGGCUGUGCAGGGUGAACAAUUGGCUGUGGCGGCCGGUUUGCCACGUUCUUUGGAAGCCGCACUACAACGCUAUGGCACCAACUCGUUUAAAUCCCCAAUGGCUACAGUACUUGAUCCGAAUGGCAAAAUUACAACAACUCUUACGUAUGGCAAACUUUUGUCACGCGCACAAAAAAUUGCAUAUGCAUUAUCAACGAAGAUUUUUAGUAAGGGCCCUGAACAAAUCACAUUGAAGCCGGGAGAUCGAGUAGCUUUGGUUUACCCAAACAAUGAUCCAUUGAGUUUCAUUACGGCUUGGUAUGGCUGCAUGUUUCGUGGUCUGGUACCCUUACCCAUUGAGUUGCCGCUCUUAAGCUCUGAUACACCACCACAACAAGUCGGCUUUCUUCUAAGUUCAUGUGGCAUUACAGUCGCUUUGACUUCAGAGGCUUGUUUGAAAGGUUUGCCAAAAUCGUCUACAGGUGAAAUUGCAAAGUUGAAAGGCUGGCCACGCCUACAAUGGUUUGUUACCGAACAUCUGCCAAAGCCACCAAAAGAUUUCAAUGUUGGCAAUAUACGUAUUGAGGACUCGGCCACAGCAUACAUUGAAUAUACGACCGAUAAGGAGGGCAGUGUUAUGGGCGUCACCGUCACCCGUUUGGCCAUGAUGAACCAUUGUCGCGCUCUCACAAUGGCCUGCCAUUAUACCGAAGGUGAAACUAUUGUUUGCGUCUUGGAUUUCAAACGUGAAGUUGGCUUAUGGCAUGCCGUACUCACCUCAGUCCUGAAUGGCAUGCAUGUAUUAUUCAUACCAUAUGCUCUGAUGAAGUUACGCCCUUCAUCAUGGAUGCAAUUAAUCACUAAACAUCGAGCCUCCUGUUGUUUGGUGAAAAGUCGUGAUUUACAUUGGGGCUUACUCGCUACAAAAGAUCAUAAGGACAUUUCAUUAUCGUCACUACGCAUGCUACUUGUCGCUGAUGGCGCUAAUCCAUGGUCACUUUCAUCGUGUGAUCAGUUCUUAAACGUUUUCCAACCGAAAGGACUGCGCUCGGAUGCAAUAUGUCCAUGUGCCAGCAGUUCUGAGGUCUUUACAGUUUCUUUACGUCGUCCCGGUCGUUCAUCAACCGGUUUUAGUCAAUCAGCCACUGGACGUGGCGUAUUAUCUAUGGCUGCUCUCUCACAUGGUGUGGUGCGUGUAGAUAGUGAAGAUUCACUAACAUCACUGACCUUGCAAGAUUGUGGUCAAGUAAUGCCAGCCGCACAAAUGGUGGUGGUACGUUCGGAGGGUGUACCAGUUUUGUGCAAGACAGAUCAAGUUGGUGAGAUAUGUGUUACCAGUGGUUCGACCGGUACAGCAUACUUCGGUUUAGACGGUCUAACCAAUACGACUUUCAAGGUGCAACCACUACUAGAAGAUCCCGAUACUACAAAAGAUGAGUCUACAUUCAAACCAAUAAGCGAUGAGUAUUAUGUACGUUCGGGUCUGCUAGGCUUUCUGGGACCUGGUGGUUUGGUCUUCGUAUGCGGCUCACGUGAUGGUCUAAUGACUGUAACAGGACGUAAGCAUAAUGCUGACGAUAUUAUUGCUACAGUAUUAGCUGUGGAACCUAUGCGUUUCAUAUAUCGCGGUCGCAUAGCCGUUUUCAGUAUUAAAGUGUUGAGAGAUGAACGUGUUUGUGUUAUAGCCGAACAGCGUCCGGAUUGUUCGGAAGAGGAAAGUUUCCAAUGGAUGUCACGUGUGCUGCAAGCUGUCGAUUCCAUACAUCAAGUGGGUAUAUAUUGUUUGGCGCUCGUGCCACCAAAUCAUUUGCCGAAAACACCAUUGGGCGGUAUACAUUUGUGUGAGGCACGUCGACGCUUCUUGGAAGGUUCACUACAUCCGGCCAAUGUGCUAAUGUGUCCACAUACAUGCGUGACAAAUUUACCGAAACCACGGGAAAUACAUCAAGGUGUGCCAAGUGCAACUGCAAAAAUAAGCUCAUCAUCUGGAUGUGGUAUUACAGACACGUCUGUUGGGCCAGCCUCAGUGAUGGUUGGGAAUUUAGUGCAAGGCAACCGUUUAGCCAUCGCACAAGGUCGGGACAUCGGCUUGUCCGAGGAGAAUGAACGAAAGCAUCAAUUAAUAACUGGCGUUUUACGUUGGCGUGCUAAUACCUCACCGGAUCAUAUCAUUUUUACGCUAUUGAAUUCGAAAGGUGCUAUUGCAAAGACUUUGACCUGCUCAGAAUUGCAUAAACGAGCGGAGAAAAUAGCAGCACUCUUACAGGAAAGAGGUCGAAUCGAACCCGGUGAUCAUGUUGCUCUAAUUUUUCCACCUGGCCUGGAUUUAUUAUGCGCUUUCUACGGCUGUCUCUAUUUGGCUGCUAUUCCCAUUACCAUACGACCACCACAUCCACAAAAUCUUAUAACAACUCUACCAACUGUGCGCAUGAUUGUCGAUGUCUCGAAAAGUGUUAUUGUGCUCUCUAUACAACCGAUCAUAAAAUUAUUGAAGUCACGUGAAGCAGCUGCUUCCAUUGAUCCGAAAACCUGGCCACCCAUAUUGGAUAUUGAUGAUAAUCCAAAACGAAAAUUAAUGUCAAUUGCGAAUGCGCCAUUAGAUUCGACGGCUUAUUUGGAUUUUAGUGUGUCCACUUGUGGCCGCUUAAGUGGUGUUAAUAUAACACAUCGCUCUCUUUCUAGUCUCUGCGCAAGCUUAAAACUAGCCUGCGAAUUAUAUCCUUCUCGACACGUUGCUCUCUGCCUGGAUCCAUAUUGUGGUUUGGGCUUCGCUAUGUGGACGCUCAUUGGUGUGUAUAGCGGCCAUCAUUCGAUACUCAUUGCUCCUUACGAAGUCGAAACAAAUCCCAGUCUCUGGCUAUCAACACUGUCACAUUAUCGUGUACGCGACACGUUCUGUUCGUAUGGCGUUAUUGAGCUCUGCACGAAGGCGCUCAGCAAUUCAAUACCGAUGCUCAAACAACGCAAUGUCGAUUUACGUUGUGUACGCACAUGUGUAGUGGUGGCUGAGGAGCGUCCACGCGUACAAUUGACACAACAAUUUUGUAAACUCUUCCAAGCACUCGGUUUGAAUACACGCUGUGUGUCCACUUCAUUCGGUUGUCGUGUCAAUCCUGCAAUAUGUGUGCAAGGUGCUAGUUCGGCGGAAAGUGCACAGGUCUAUGUGGAUUUACGUGCGUUGCGUAAUAAUCGCGUAGCGCUAGUGGAACGCGGUGCACCAAAUUCACUGUGUCUCAUCGAAUCGGGUAAAUUAUUGCCGGGUGUAAAGGUGAUCAUUGCCAAUCCAGAGACGAAGGGUCAUUGUGGUGACUCGCAUUUGGGUGAAAUAUGGGUGCAAUCACCACAUAACGCUAAUGGCUAUUUCACCAUUUACGGUGACGAAACCGAUUAUAAUGAUCACUUUAACGCUAAGUUGGUGACUGGUGCAACAACAGAAGUCUACGCACGUACCGGCUAUUUAGGCUUCCUACGACGAACCGAAUGCUCGCAAGCGGUUUCCAUUUUAGACGAAACAACACCCAGUGUAGCCAGUCGUGAUAGUGACAAUGAAUCGCUCAAUUCAAUGAGUCAGCUACAUUUGAAUUUCUCAUCAAUGUCCACUGGUGGUGGUGGUGGAACGCAAGCGCCCAGCAUUAGUGGUGAUCCGAGUUUGAUAACUAAUGUCAAUGAUCAGGAGUUGCACGAUGCUGUUUACGUGGUAGGUGCUCUGGACGAAGUCAUUACAUUACGCGGCAUGAACUAUCAUCCAAUUGAUAUUGAGAAUUCGGUAUUAAGGUGUCAUAAGAAGAUCGCUGAGUGCGCUGUCUUCACUUGGACCAAUCUAUUGGUUGUAGUUGUUGAGCUUGAUGGCAAUGAAUCAGAAGCAUUGGACUUAGUACCCUUGGUAACUAAUACCGUUUUAGAGGAGCAUCAAUUAAUUGUUGGCGUUGUUGUAGUGGUCGAUCCAGGCGUUGUGCCCAUUAACAGUCGCGGCGAAAAACAACGAAUGCAUUUACGUGAUGGCUUUUUGGCUGAUCAACUUGAUCCCAUUUACGUUGCUUACAAUAUGUAAAUACCCCAUAUAAUAGUAUUAAUAUAAACAAACAUACAUACAUACAUAAAACAUACAUAAAAACAUA